CAGCCUCCACUAGUUCACAUACACUACUAAAUAUAGGCUGUGUGUGUGUUCAGGACCCAGUGACAUUUGUCCUAGGGAAGGAAGGUGGUGACAAAGUGAAGAUGGAGAAUGGGAAGGGGAAAUGUCCUUAUGAUCCCAGACAACCUCACACUGCUGUUACUGCAGAUGGAUUGCUGUACACCGCCUCCCCUUCUAACUUCCUGGGCACGAUGUUUGACAUCACCAGGGCAACAGGUCAAGAGGUGCACGUGCAUCAGUCCAUCAACUGGCUCAGUGAUCCAGAGUUUGUGAGUUCGGCCCUGGUCAGGGAGAGUCCUGGAGAUGAUGAUAAAAUCUACUUCUUCUUCAUGGAGAACGCCUUAGAGUACACCAAGGUCAGGGUCACACGGGUGGCCAGAGUCUGCAAGAGGGAGAUGUGGGGCUCUAAGACCCUGCAGAAGCGCUGGACCAGUUUCCUGAAGGCUCAGCUGGUGUGUCAGGACCGGGACAGUGGCCAGCACUACACCGUCCUGACCCACGCCUACCCCCUGGAACACCACCUGGGAGACCCCAGCAGCACACACUUCUACACCCUCUUCACCUCCCAGGGGAAAGGAGAGCGCGUGUCAGCAGUGUGUGUGUACAGCCUGGCUGACAUCACCAAGGUGUUUGCGACGGGAGGCUUCAGAGAUAUGAAGAGGAACUGUGUGAACAGUGGGAACUCUGAGUCUGUACCCGACCCCCGACCUGGACAGUGUAUCAACGAUGUCCUGAGAGCCCAGGGUUACAACUCCUCCUUCGACAUGCCCGACCGCGUGCUGCAGUUUGCCAAGGAACAUCCUCUGAUGACGAACACUGUGGACGCAGCGCCCCUUCUGGUGAGGAGGGGAACAACAUACACCAGGAUUUCAGCCACCAACAUCUCCAACAGUGAUGCUGCCCUACUACAUCUGGGAACAGAUCAGGGGGAGUUACACAGUGUGUCUAUCGUUGGUCGUACUGCUACUCUGCUGCAGGAGAUCCCUCUGACAAUCUCAGUAGAGCCCGUCAACAACAUCCUCAUACACCAGGGCCAUGUGGUGGUGGGCUCCCCCUCCUCUCUGUCCCGUGUGCCAGUAGAGGGGUGCAGGUUGUACUCCAGCUGUCAGGUGUGUGCCCGGGCAGCAGGACUAGGUUGUGUGUGGGACCUCAACAUGAGAGCCUGUGUUGCGGACUCUCCAGUGCAGAGGGAGUCAGAGGACCCCUUGAAGGUGUGUGGCACUGGAGAGGGUCGUUGUUCCCCUGUGGUGAAGGAGCUUGUUGCAGGAAGAAGGGCUCUGGUGGUCCUCCUCCCUGUGACCACCCCCACCUCUCCCCUCUCCCCUGCGCUUCUGGGAGCACCCCAGGGCCGCCACACCCUGCAGCACCACUCCCACCUGAGGUCACCUCGCCUCCUGGAUCCAGCCUGGGCCUCUACUCCUGCCACUGCCUAG